AUGACACUGGGCGCUAGUGGCUCUUUCUAUGAGACCUCCUCGAAUGGUGAUAGGAGGCCCUGUGGGUUGAAGAUGUCGACCUCCAACUCCUUGGCAGACCCCAAAGCCAAAAACUGUGAAGCCGAUACAAAGCACGCCUGUGCAAAAGGGAAGCUACUUUGCCAGGAGGAACUGGUCGUCACCGAAACACUUGCUACAUCGCCAGACUCCUUGAACCUCUCAUCUCCGGUGAGUUCCAACCACAAGGAGUGUAACUUCUGCGGCGGAAAGUUCCUGCCCGAAGCCACAGCCUUCAUGGAGGAUGGGAAGCCUUUCAGAUGUCAAUACGCCUUGGAUGAGAUCCGCCGAGGUGAUUCACACUUUUCCUGCGUCGAGGCAGCAGAGCGGCUGGUGGACUGCUGUGCAGACACGCCGGCUGAGCCGACAGAGACUCAGUGGACCGGCGCGCCCUGCGAGCUGUGCGCUGGCCACGGCGAGCUCAAUGGCUCAGCCGUGGCCAUGAUCCUCUCCGGUGACCCCAUGAACUGCUCCACUGCGCAGCAGCUGCUUCGCACCGGCCGGGCGCCCAUUAGUUGCGAAACGGCGCAAAGUUCCGAACUGCUAGGGCGCUGUUGCGCUUCGAGUGGCUAUUCCUCCAGCAGGAAUUGCAGUAUUUGUGCUCCGGGGGAGACCUUCCUCCCGGAGGCCACCGAUCCCAGUGGCGACCGCACCUGUGCCGAUGCCCGCACCGCACUCGCGGCAUCCAGCGGAAGGUGUGGCGCAGAGGAACUGAAGGAGACCUGCUGCAAAUGCAAUCUUUGCGAUGACGGUGAGAGCUUCUUGCAGAAUGCCAUCGCUUCGGAGGGAGACGUGCGGAUGCCCUGCCAAGAUGCCCUGCGCCUGGCAGGAAAUGCUUCCGUGUCGUGUCGGGAGGCCAGAUCACGUUGGUCUGACAGCUGCUGCGCAGGCCCAGAUGAAGCCUCGGAGGCUGAAGCGCAUGGCGAGGAGGCCACGCCGUUCUGCAAAAGCCUUUGCUUGAAGACCGACGUCAAAGACUGGAACAUGACCUGCGAGGAGCUGCAGGAGCUGGAGUGCGCUUCGACACAUUUUUUCCAAACCAUCAGCGCAUGUGAGCGAAGGCUUUGUGUUUGGUCUGCUCCAAGCUGCACGGUGGACUUUACCCAAGCCUGCAUCAGCUGCAACUGGCCUUGCGGACGAAAGGCGACCACUAUGCGAACAUCCACCACGACGACCACCACAGUGACCACUAGCAGCACGAGCACUUCAACCUCCACCAGCACUUCGACCAGCACCGUAACUGGCAUUGAGACUGCGUCGGGCGUUUCACUGACGCUGGCCUCGGACUACACUGUGGACGGGGUGGCGGUGCCCGAGCGAUGCUUCGAGUUCUGCAGCCUCACGGACGUCAGGAGCAUGUUCCUGACUUGUGUGCAGCUCUCGCAGAGUUUGUGCGAGUCGGGGAACUUCUACCAGACGGACGCCGUGGGCGACCGGCGCCAUUGCCGAUUUGAUGAAGAGUGCUUUGUUGAUGACUCCUUCGUAUGCAACGCCAGCUGGCCGAUUUGCCAAGUGGCUGAAAGUUCGACAGCUUCAGCUGAAGCAUCAACCACCACGGAGUCGACCCAUGAGAAUUCUACAGAGACCUCUGUGAGCGAAGCAUCGCACCUCCCCACCGGACCGCCGACGGACGGCCCGCAGACGGCCUCGCGGACGGUGGCAUCCGAAAUGGCCAAGGCGGUGGAAGCAGCUGCUCACGAAUGCUUGGCUUCUGGUUCCACGGACCAAGCGCUGGUGCGGAUCUUGAAACGCUCCGUGGCGCAGACGCCGCUCAUGAUUGCCUCCCCCGCGGAGCGCGCGCUGAAGAAGGCCUUGGACGUGGCGCUGCUGAUGGGUUUCUCCGAGGAUCAGCUGAAGCAAGCCUUCACCCGAGCAGGUGUCGCCCUGCCAGGUGACGACGGCAACCCACUCUUUUGCGCGUCCCUUUGUUCGAAGAAGAAAGUCUCUGCUUGUGAUGGCUGCAGCCUGCAGCAGUGCGCCACUGGCGAUUUCUAUGUGGAAAACGCCCUGUGCGAAAUGUCUGAGGAUGAAGAUCGCUGUAUCCAGGGCACCCGCUUCUCCUGCAACGUCUCCUGCGCGCACGAGCAAGUGGAAGCAGAUGAAGAGAAGUUGGCACCGGAUGUGUUUUGCCGCUCGCUGUGUGCGAAGAAGGCGGUGGUGCACUGCAGCGCCUUGUUGGAUGAGGACUGCAAAUCAGACCGGUUCUACACGGAGACCAGACAGGGCUUCGUACUGUGCGCAUGGGAUGAGGAUGAACGAAACUGCGGCAUAGGCCGGCAAGUGCAGCCUUGUCGACAGCUCGACAGCUGUGAAACCACCUCAAGUUCUACUGAGGGCAUCAGGAAUUCAACCACCCCAACCACGACCGCCGCCAAGACAAUCAGCAGCGACUCCAAUGCACGCUUGGGCGACUUCGCCUCCGCCCAGAUGCGCCUGGCCCACGGCGGCUGCCCCACGGAGGAUUGCCAGGAGGAGGUCAACAGCGCGAAGUGUGACAGCAGCGAAUGGAAGCUGACUGGCAAGUGCCGAUGCCAUUGCAAGAAGUACCGGCCAAAUAUUGUGAUGAUCUUGGCCAACAGCAUGGGCUUCAACGAUUUCUUCGACUCCACGGAUCUCACAGCUUCUGCGUGGCCCUACGUGACCUCCAUCCUGCCUGAGUCGAUUCGCCUCAACAGUUCCUAUGCAGAAGUAGCCAGCGCCCCCUCGAGGGCCUCCUUCCUCACAGGCCGGUGGCAGCAACACCUGCUGCCCGCAGAGACUCCGUCACUGAGUGUCGAGCAGGCAUUUGGAUCCAAGGGCUGGUCCCCGCUGGGCGUCUCCCACCACCGGCAGUUGGGUUCCACUGCUGGCGCUUUCUCGCAGGGAGCCGAGCGCACGGUGGCGCAGAAGCUCAAUGCUGCGGGAUACAAGUUGUACCAUUGA